UAGUCUUGUUUGAAUGUAAGGGAGCAAAUUUACCACACCUUAAGGUAGAGCCUGUCAGGUCAGGUUUCAAACACCACCAGAUUCCAGAGAAGUUUCAAACAGGCAUGUGAUAUUUGCAGAAGAUUAUUUUGGGCUAUCAAAAAUGAGACUUAAAGAUUGUGUGUAUGUUCUCACAACAGUGGUGAUCAUCUUAAUAUGGUAUUUCUCUAUCAACUGGUCAAAACUCCAAGAGCUUGCAAAACAGUCAUGUAAUGUACAUGACAAAGUUAGUGAUUUUGUGACUGACUGUGAGAAUCCAGGUCUGUUUCAGUCUCAUUUUGGAUGCUGUCCACAUAAACACUGCCCUGUCAACCACUUCCCCUUCCACCUUCACAGCGGUGUAGCCGAUGUGGUGGCUGCAAAAAUCUGCUUAAACAAUACAGUCAUCAUGGGUGGCAUCAGAAGUAAUGCAGGACAAGGGCUAAACAUUGUGGUAGCAAACGGUGAAACCGGUCAGGUUUUAAGAAAUACGAACUUUAAUCUGGAAUCUAAAGAUCCCAAGGAAUUACUUGCCUAUCUAAAGACUCUAAAGCCAGGAAACAUAGUGCUUGUGGCCUCAUACAUUGACCCAACACCAAAUCUGACUGAUGAGAUUAGAGAUAUAUUCAGUGCACUGGGCAGCACGAUGGUCAAAUCCCUGAAGCCCAGAGAUAGCUGGGUAUUCGCAGGCACCUAUGGAAUAAAGAGAGCUAGUCCAUUUGAAAAGUUAAUCCAAAAUGAUAUGAGGAACAACGCAUAUGAAGACUGGCCAGAGAUGGGGGAGGUCAUUGGCUGCUUUCCCAGAAUAUCUGAGAAUGAAUAAACCACAGUAGCCAACUUCUUAUCGCCACGUUUGGGACAUUUGAAAAUAGAACAUUAACAGCACAGCACCUUUUUUUGCUCUCUUCCCUCCUUAAGCAAAUAAAACUGAAGCAAUAGUUUACUCUCAUAUUGCUCCAAAUCCAUAUUGACUCCUUCAAUGGAACGCAAAGGUGAAAUGUUGCAUGUGUUUAUAUUGCUCUUUGUCAGAGCAACAUUCUAUAAGUACAUUUAAAAAAGAUAAUACAGAUGAUUCUGUUCUCAUACGGAAUUCCUUCACAUUGGUUCUUAUACAAGGUAACAUUGUUGCUGUUGAUAUUAACAAUGAAGAGUGGAAAAUGGGAAAGAGACAUCAGUUUAACUUUUUUCACUCCCCUUCCUUUUUAUGCUCUGUUAGUGUUACUGUAUGCACCAUGGGUCUGAGAGUAACGCAAUUUCACUUAUGUAUGUGCUGUACAUGUGGAAGAAUUGACAAUAAAGCAGACUUUACCUGA